UUUAAGAUUGGAGAAUUUUAGCUUGAAUUGAUGGAAACCUGACCUGGAAAAAUGAAUUUCUCUUAGGAAUAAUGGGAAUAGAAGCUUGGAAUUCCAAGUCUCGCAAGAACUAUUCCAGUUCCAAAUCUGUAAAGAUGAGAAAUAGCCACUGGGGAUUAUUUUGUCAGUAAUCCCCAAUUAUAAAUUAAGAUUUCAAUCCCUAAAGAGCAUCUAAAAAGAUCAAAUCUUUGACUAUUUUUUAGAAAUUUGAUUUACAAAAAUGAAUAUUUUUCUUACAUUCUUCCUUAUGGCAUUAAUCUUUGCCGCAACUAAUGCAAACGAAACGGGCGUAGAAAAUGUGAAAGGAGUUCAAGAAACUGAACAAAUCAAGGGCGUUAAUAGCGAAAUACCACAUGGACGACACAAACGUUGGUAUGGAGGCUGGGGCUGGGGAGGCGGAUGCUGUGGUGGUGGAUGGUGGGGACGCUAAAUUGGGAAAAUUUUGGAGCAAAAUAGAAGGGAAAUAACAAAUAAAAAAAUGGAUUUUUAGUUAAUUUAAAUAAUAUUACAUGAACU